AUGUAUGAGGAGCGUAAGGAGAUCUUUGGGAACGUCUUCACAGCAGGGCUGGACAUCAAGGAGCUGUAUGCACCAGCAACCAGCGAGGCGCGAACCAGGGAGUUCUGGCGGACUUUGUCACAGGUCCUCACCCAGAUCUACAACAGCCGGCUCUCCACGGUGGCCAUCAUCAACGGAGCCUGCCCAGCCGGCGGUUGUGUUUUGGCACUCUGCUGUGACUGGCGCAUUAUUACCUGGAACGGCUCCAUGGGACUCAAUGAGGUGGCUCUGGGCAUGCGUGUUCCAUUCUACUGGUGCGAGCUCAUGGCGCGAACUUGUGGCCUUCGUGCCGCCGAGGAUUUGCUGCUCAGCGCCUCUAUGCCAACCUCUACCGACCUACGGUCACUGCAGCUAGUGGAUGAGAUUGUCGAGAAGCCUGAGGACCUGAUGCCAGCUGGCAUAGAAAGGCUCACAAAAUGGCUGAAGUUCCCCAGCGAGGGCUAUGUGCCCACCAAGCGACACAUGCGAGGUGAGUUUGCACAGCGAUGGCGAGAUGGCAUUGAGUGGGAGGGGCAAGAGGUGUGGAAGGCCAUCAACCACCCAGCGACCAUUGCCUCCCUAGACCAGGUGAUGAAGCGCUUGUCCGGCGGAGCUAAGUCGAAGCUGUAG